AUGUCUUUUGAAUCGUUUGUGUUAAAAGAUGAGAAGAAGGCAUCAAACAAGAAAUAUGACUACGACGAGAUAGAUUUGAAUGAUGAUGAUGAUGAUAUUAUAGAUAACAAAAGUUUUGAUAAGAAUAAUUAUUCUUAUAAUAUAAAGAAUCGUUUAUUUAAACAUUAUAAGAAGGUACAUGACAAUGGGGAUUGUUUAUCUAGAAAGGAGAAUUCUAUAAACAGCUCUACUUUAAUGAAUAGAGACAAGAGUUCUAUUAAUGAUGAGAAUGAUACGAAGAGUAAAUUAAGAUGUUCUUUAUGUCAUAAGAACGAGUCCAAAAUAAAAUUAGAAGGUAUAAUGAAUGAGAAUGAUUAUUUAAUACAAAUAAAUAAAUUAAGAAGACAUGUAAUAAUUGAGAUAUUUGGUGGGAAAUGUUUCAUUAGAGAAUAUUUAUGUACUGAAUUUUUAAGAAGAAUAAAACAUUGUUGUCAUAUAAAUUAUGUAAAAUAUAAUGUAGGUUUAAUAAAUUAUCGUGAUUGUAAACAAUUAUUGGCUGAUAAUAAUAAUAUAGCUAGUAUAGAAGCUCGUUUAAAUUCUAUAUUAGUUUCUUUACCACCUUUAACUUGUGUUAUAUUACAUUCAAGUGUUUUUUUAGUUGUAAAAGAAGAUUUAAUAAGAGAUGAUUUAAUAAAAAAAUUAUGUUCAGUAUCUAAAAAAUUUAUAAAUUCGUAUAAACCUGAUAUGAAAAAAUCAGAACAAAGACCAUUUGAGUUUUGUGCACUUGAAUGUAUUUUUUCGAGUGCCUUAGAGCAUUUAAACGCAGAAAUGAAAUUAUUAAAUAAAGAUUUUGCUGAUAUUAAAUUUUCUUUAAAGGUAACAAAAUAUCAAGAUAUCUUAAGUAAUUUACAUAAUUUAAAAGAACCUACAAAUAUACUUAUCAAUAAAAUUAAUUCUUUUAUUAAAGCUUUUCAUGAUGUAUCAGAAAAUCAUAUGGAUUUAAAAAAAAUGGAAUUAACAAGAUGUUAUUUUAAUCCUAAUAUUAAUGAGGAAGAUAAUAAUAAUAAUAACAAUAAAGAGCACCCUAAUCAAGAUUUAGAAAUGUUGUUUGAAUAUUUUGAUCAAGAAUUAAAUCAGUUGCAUGAUCAAGUUAAGCACUUAUAUGAUUUAAUGUUAAAUCUGGAGAAUAAAAUUAUAUCCGACUUGUCUUUAUCAAGAAAUAAUUUGAUAAGAAUGGAUAUAGUCAUAAGUUUGAUCAAUUCGGGUUUUGGUAUAGGAACCCUAAUAACAGGUGUUUUUGGUAUGAACUUAAAAAUACGUCUGGAGGAUCACGACUAUGCAUUUCUUUACGUUACCAGCCUUGUGAUUGUAUUAUGUUUGAUGACUGUAGUUAUGUCUGUUUACUUUUUUAAGUGUAUACGUCUUUAA